AUGAACCAACUCCCACGCGCAGCGGCACAGCGUAGUACGAAUCUGCAAGCAGCCAGCACCAUCAUGACCCCCAACGCAAACACAGUCUAUGUCAUCACAGGCGGAAAUAGAGGCAUCGGCCUCGGGCUAGUCAAGGCGCUCCUGGCCCGUCCGUCCACCAGCGUCAUUGCCACCGUUCGAAACGACGAGGCCGCCAGAGACCUCGGGGAGGAGAUUGCCGCUGCGGCUGGGGUAGGAGACGGAAGCGGCCUGGACAUGAUCACGCUCGACUUGUCCCGCGCCCCCUCGCCCGAGCAAGUAGGCCAGGCCGUCGCCGACCUGGGCCACGAUCAUGUCGACGUGCUCAUCAACAAUGCCGGCAUGUCAAGCCCCAUGGUCCCUGCGGCGCAGACGGCGGCGGACGACCUCCGCGCCGCGUUCGAGGUCAAUUCCAUUGCGCCCCUGAUGGUAUUCCAAGGGUUGUGGCCGAUGCUGCAAAAGUCGGCUCGCCCCAAGGUCGUCAUGAUGACGUCCUCGGUCGGCUGCAUCACGCUUCAAGAGCUGUCCGGGGGCUCUUACGGCCCCAGCAAGGCGGCCCUGAAUUGGAUCACCCGUGCUCUUCAUCUUCAGAAUGAGGAGUCUGGCCUGGUGGCGGUGGCCCUGCACCCGGGCUGGGUCCAGACGGGCAUGGGAGAACAGGCGGCACGGGAUUGGGGGUAUACUCAGCAGCCGCCAGAGACGGUGCAAGCGAGCGUCAUGGGCAUCCUCGAGGUUGUCGACGGCGCUACUCGAGACACGGUGUCGGGCACGAUGGUCACUUUUCAGGGCCAGGUGCUGCCUUGGUAG